CCAACCCCAACCAAAUCAAAUCCACAACUUGAAAAAAAAAAAAAAAUGUCCCUCCCCCUCUACAUCCCACCGUGCAUCCACACCCCCGCACACAAACACCACCUCCCAGCACCUAACCAACCACUCCGGAUCCAAAUCGAGGGCCCUCUAAUCGCCAUCCAGAGGCUUUUCCCCCCCAGAUAGUAUGAUCCCCUGGCAUCUAGACCCUGACUACCUUGGAGGUGAGAUACCAUUCCCGCAACCAGCGGGACCAGAGUUAGCGCGGUUAGUGUAUAAAACCAUCUACGGGCGGGAUUUUCAUCCGGGGGAUGCGGUAGUCAGGGAUGAGUAUUUGGGGUGGGUGGUUGGGAAGUUUCCGGAUCGGGUGAUUGAUUACUACGGGGUGACUUUUGAUUAUCUUGUUCCGGUGGAAGAAGGGUUUAAUCCGGAGGUAUUGCAGGUUAAUAUCAUUGAGGUUGAGGAUGAUGGGGGCGUUUAUGCGAAUGAGUGGCUUUUGUUUGAGGUGGAUCCGAGGGAGUUUGUGGGGAAGAAGGUAUUGGCUGUGCCGAGGUGUUGUCAGAAGAGAAAGGGGACGCAGGAUCGUUGGAGAGUGAAUGCGUUGGUGGAUCGGAGGGUUCAUGGUUAUGAGAGUUUGAAGGGGCCUGAGGAGUUUAAGUGA